CCUUGCGCUACCAGCAUACAGAGGAAAUCAUUGUCUGCGAAAGACGCGAUCUAUCCUGAAGUUCCAGUGAUCACGGCAUUGAUAUCGGCGUCUUGAAUACAGAGUGAAUACCUGCCGGGGGAACAUUCCCUCCAUAUCACGAGACACAUCAGCAGCAUGGCGGCAGACGACAAGGUCGAGGUCGUCGACGACAAGAAGUUGAAGAAGGACAAGAAGAGCAAGGACAAGUCGGAGAAGAAGGAGAAGAAGGAAAAGAAGCGCAGUGACAGCGACGGCGUGCGCAAGGAAAAGAAGGACAAGAAGAAGGACAAGGCAAAACAGGAAAAGCUCGCGCGUGCGCUGGAUGCCCACCUACAAGCCGAUGCCGCCGCGUCGGUCAAAGCCGAGGAGGACGUGAAGAUCAAGGUCGACCCCGAGGACAUCAUCAAGCCUGCCGAGGAGCUCGUGCCGUUUGCGCUGCCGCUGGCCGACGACAAGACACACAAGAAGAUCUACAAGCUGAUCAAGAAGGGCGCCAAGCUCAAGUCGAUCCACCGGGGCGUAAAAGAGUGCGAAAAGGCCAUCCGGAAGUGCCCGCCCAAGGCGGUCGCGUCGGGCGAGGCGCCGGCGCCGGGGCUGGUCAUCAUCGCGGGCGACAUCUCGCCCAUGGACGUCAUCAUGCACUUCCCCAUCCUCUGCGAGGAGCACGGCGUGCCGUACCUGUUCGUGCGGUCGCGGGCGGACCUCGGCGUGGCGGCCUGCACGAAGCGGGCGACCAGCGUGGUGAUGCUCAAACCCGAGGGCAAGAAGGGCGGGAGCGGCAGCAACGCGAACAACAACAACAAGGGCAAGAAAAAGGACGAGGAUGACGAAAUGGAGGACGCCGAGGAUAAGAAGGUCAGCGCCGAGGAGUACCUCGAGGCGUGGAAGGAGCUGGUCAAGACGGCAGAGAAGCAGUGGAAGGUGCAGGUGCAGCCGUGGGUCAAGGGCACUCACCCGCUGCAGAUCGCCGCGAGGGAGCGGGCGAGGCAAGCAAGCUUGUGAGUCUGGUUCAUUGACACGGAAGCUCCUUCCGACACGACAUCUGGCACGGCGCAAGGGUCAAGUCCAAAUGGCACAUGCGGACUGCCUUUGCCUUGCUUAUAACGCCUUCCGUCCUGCCCACGGUCACGGCGAUUGACUGGGCUGGGUCCUCGACGCCACAACGGCAACCGCCAUCUGAGCUGGUUGUCCACACCCGCCGGCUACAUGCAUUACCAUGAGUUGGCUUUGCUACGUUGGCUUAUUUGCUCUCUUGUCUAAUGGGCGGCGUUAAGAGGGUUGGGAUCUCGGCACGGAUUGCACCAGGAGGCUAGAGGGGACUCUUGCAUGUAAAUAGUGAAAACACGAAAAAGUUUGUCUUGUCCC